AUGACAAAUUGUUUAUGCCUUCUGCCGUAUGGCACUGAUGGUGUCGGAGAUGAUAUCUCGAAUAUCAAGGAUCUUUAUUCGGGUCAAUAUUCGGACUUUAUCCAGUUCCGACAGAUGGUGAUUCUGCGCUUUUGCACCAGUGGCCUCACAGCUAAUUACACUCCCCCUAAACGGAUCAGCGCUGAUCAUGUCAAUGCAGCUGACUUUCUACAGUCACCAUCCGAGAUCUCUAGACGGCCGAGGAGGACAGGCUAUAUUGAGCACAGCUGGAAUUUCUACCACACAAAAUCCGUUAUCUUAUGGCCACAACGAUUCAACUUUGAAGCGCUGGCUCUUGAGACAACGAGAUUGUGA